AAGUAUUGAUGAGUGUACAUUAGUUUAUCAAUUUUCUGGUUGGCGCCAUUUUCUCUUCUCUCUCUCUUUUUCUUUCAAUCUGCAACUUGCGAUGUACCAGUUUCUUGACUUUGAUUAAUUUAUAGACUUUUACCACUUCAACUUUUUGUUGCAUUCUAUUACAAUAAUUAUCCCGUCGUUUUCUUUUCAUAUAUCCAUGUCUUCAAUUCCACCUUCUCCAGAUUUUUAUCUAUUUUCCCCUCUAUUUUUCUUCUUCAUAACUAGAAAAUCUAGUAGAAGAAGAAGAAAGGGACAAAGGGUUUUCACUUCAUUCAAUUUCAGCUGAUUCCUUUCUAAAAAUCGCUGCUCAAAAUGCCCAUAUCAGAAAAGCUUCUCAAUAUCGAACCUCGGGAGCUCUCUUUCCGCUUUGAGUUAAUGGUGAAAGCAUCUUGCACGAUUCGAUUGUCUAGUAACUCCUCAAGGCAUGUUGCUUUUAAGGUUAUGACUACAAGCCCACAAAAGUAUUUUGUUAAACCAAAUCUUGGAAUUCUUUCGCCUGGAUCAACUUGUGACGUUGAAGUAAUUAUGCGUGCUCCAGAGGAGAUCCCUCCUAACAUGGAAUGCAGGGAUAAGUUUUUGAUUAAGAGUGUUGUUGCAGGUCCUGAUGACACAGUAGUGAGAGUAAAGAAACUGUUCAACGAUAGAGCGCAUGCAGUUGGAGAUUACAAAUUGAGAGUGGUGUAUGUUCUCCCACAACAUCAGCAAUCACCAAAUUUUGACAGAACAGGACGAGGCUCUUCACUAAAUGGAUCAAUCUUGCAAGAAAGAAGUUUGAGUGGCACUCAGCUCGAGGACAUUAAUAACGAGAGGGUUGUUGAUAAUUUGUACGUCAAGGGCAUCGCUAUUAUCUUUGUGGGUUUGAUCUUUUUGUACCUCAUCAUGAGGAUACUCCCAGUAAUAUGGAGUUGGAGCUUGGUUGUUACCUUUUUCGUAAUGAAGAUGGCUAAGAGGCUGGUUUCAGAUUCAGUUGAGGAUUGGGUGGUUAAGACUCUUGUCUACAUCUCUCUUCAUUUCUUUACUGUUGUUUUCCGGCGUAAGGGCACCACCAGAUCCGGCCAUCAAUCCGGAGUUCCCGUUGUUAGAUGAGUGGAUGCAGGUAUCAUUAUGUGACCAUUCGAAUCUAUAGAUGUUGUAUAUAUGAAGUGCAUGCAAAUGGAAAAAUCAGACAGGUUUAAUGAAAAUACAUGCUUGUGAA